AUGAGCACUUCUCAAGUAAAGUCUCAAAGCAUCAACCUACAACACACAAAUAUUCAAAUCUCUAAACACUCAGGUCUGGUGAGCAAUUUGCGAUCAGGACUGCAGCAUAAAAAGGGCCUUGAGCCUCUGUUUUGUUUGGUGAACAAUGGAGAACUUAGAACAUAUCAACAACCAGAGAAGGAGAAGUGAGAGGAGGACAAGGAAGAAGACAAGGAAGAGGACAAGGAAGAGGACAAGGAAGAGGAGGGAGAGGAUGACAAGGAGGAGGAGGAGGAAGAGGAGGACGACAAGAAGAAGGAGGAAGAGGAGAAGAAGAAGGAGGAGGAGGAGAUACAAACCAGGAUCCUGGCUGACCAUGCCACAUUCAGAAACAUCCAGACCGUCAGCCUCUCUACACUGGACCGUGUUCUCCGCAGGAAUGCCAUGCGGAUGAAACAAGUACUAGUGAGAGAGAGAGAGAGAGAGAGAGAGAGAGAGAGAGAGAGAGAGAGAGAG